CCUUUUCGCUCAUUAGCCGUCGAGGAGACAAGACGUCUUUUGAUAGUUUGUGUGUAAAUUUUAAUUUAAUAUUUUCUCCACACUUGCAUAUAAAAAAAUACACUCGCUAGUCGCUAAUAAGGAAGAAGAGCGCUUGCCUUUUCUGUUCUAUAAUAUAUUAUUACAUAAAUAUAAAAGAAAAAGAUUUUUCUUAAAAAUAAUUCAAUUAAAUAUUAACAAUAGUGUUUUUUAAAAUUUAAUCAUUUAAAUGAAAAAUACAGAAAUCGCAAAAUAAAAGAAAAAUAUUCUGAAGUCAAAGGAAGAAAAGUCUUUUUUUAUAUAAAAAUUUUUUGAGAAUCAAAAAGGAAAGAGGAUUUUUCAUCAAUAUUGUAUAUACAUACACUUUUUCUGAAUACGUUGGAGACUUUAUUAAAGAAAAAAUUUUUGGCAUAUCUAGAAACUGUCUGAGAGAAGGCAUUGGAAAUUACGCAUAACCUUAACCAUUAAAGGAAGAAUUAAAAUAUUUCUGUAAUAAGAAGAAAAUUUUGAAAAUUAUCAUUGGAAAAUAUUUUUACCAUAAAGACGUCUAACUUUUAAAUUGAAACAAAAUGCCACAGACAUCAUCAGUUAAUGGUUAUUCAAAUGGUCAUAGUGCACUAUAUGACAUGGAAGAUGGACAAACAUUCCUAUUCACAUCUGAAUCAGUUGGUGAAGGGCAUCCAGAUAAAAUGUGCGAUCAGAUUUCUGAUGCUAUAUUAGACGCACACUUGCAACAAGAUCCUAAUGCUAAAGUUGCUUGCGAAACUGUUGCCAAAACUGGAAUGAUAUUAUUAUGCGGUGAAAUUACAUCAAAAGCGGUCGUAGAUUAUCAAAAAGUUGUUAGAGAAACAGUAAAACAUAUUGGUUAUGAUGAUUCCUCUAAAGGUUUUGAUUGGAGUACACUAAAUUUAUUGGUUGCUAUUGAACAACAAUCCCCAAAUAUCGCGAAUGGGGUACACAUUAAUCGACAUGAUGAUGAAGUUGGUGCUGGUGAUCAGGGUUUAAUGUUUGGAUAUGCUACCGAUGAAACUGAAGAAUGUAUGCCAUUAACAGUUGUCUUAGCACAUAGACUAAAUCAAAAAAUAGCUGAUUUACGAAGAUCUGGCGUAUUCUGGUGGGCGAGACCUGAUUCUAAAACACAGGUUACAUGUGAAUAUGAAUUUGUACAAGGUGCAUGUUUACCAAAACGUUGUCAUACAAUUGUAGUAUCAUUACAACAUUCUGAAAAAAUUACAUUGGAAGAUUUACGUACAGAAGUUAUGGAAAAAAUUAUUAAAGAUGUUAUACCACAACAAUAUUUUGAUGCUAAUACAGUUGUACAUAUUAAUCCAUGUGGUCUAUUUCAUAUUGGUGGCCCAAUGGGUGAUGCUGGUUUAACUGGAAGAAAAAUUAUUGUAGAUACAUAUGGUGGUUGGGGUGCACAUGGUGGCGGUGCAUUUUCUGGUAAAGAUUUUACAAAAGUUGAUAGAUCAGCUGCAUAUGCAGCUAGAUGGGUAGCAAAAUCAUUAGUUAAAGCUGGUUUAUGUAGAAGAUGUUUAGUACAAGUAUCAUAUGCAAUAGGUGUAGCCGAACCAUUAUCAAUAACUGUAUUUGAUUAUGGUACAUCAAAGAAAACACAACAGCAACUAUUAGAUAUUGUUAAGAAAAAUUUCGAUUUAAGACCUGGUAAAAUUGUUAAGGAUUUAAAUCUUCGUCAACCAAUUUAUCAGCGUACAAGUACUUAUGGGCAUUUUGGACGAGAUGGUUUUGCAUGGGAACAAGCAAAAAAAUUAAUUGUAGAAGAUUGACUACCAUUAUUAGAUAAUAAAAAUCAACAAAAUAAUAUGACAAUAUCAGUUAAUCAAGCUGAUAACAAUAAUAAUAAUAAUAAUAAAACUAAUUUAAAAAAUUGUAAUUCUAAUUUAAAAUCUUCUGCAAAUAACGAUAAUAACGCUAGUUGUAAUAAUAAUAUUGAAAAUAAUGAUAUAUUAAGUAAUAAAUUCAUCUCUUCUUGUUCUUCUACUACAUCUAAGUCUAUAAUAAUUUCUCCUUCGACUUCUACUUUAAAUGAAGUAACAAGCUCUAAUGUUAAUCAAUCAGAGGACACAGAAAAUAAUGAUGACAAAAUAAUUUUAGAUGAUAACAAUACAAAUAUGCCUUGUGCUAAAAAAUUAAAACUUGAUAAUGAAAAAAGUAAUGCACUUUUUGAAUAAUGUUUAUUAUAUAUUUAAAAACAAAAAAAAAAAAACAAAGGAAAAAAACAGAAAAUAUUCUUAUUUUCUCAUAAACAUUUUGGGGUUACAUUGUUAAUUAAUAAAAAUUAAAAUAAAAAUUAAAUAAACUUAGUAUUACCCAAAUAGUAUAAACAUUUUCAAAUUAAAAAUGGCUAAAUAUAAUAUAAAUUUGGUAUCAAAACAUAGUAAUAAUAAUAAAAAUAAUAAAUAAAUAUAAAAAAAUGGUCACAAUUUUGUGUCCUAAUUUUACAAAUCAUUUUACUUAACUAAAUAUACCCGUUGUAUGUGGAAUAAAAAAAUAACAUUUUAUAAAAAUACUUUUGUAUCUCUUAAUGUAAUUAAAAUUCUAUAAAAAAUUUUAGGUUCAAAUAUUUUUAUUAAAUUCUAUUUUAAUUUAAAUGUUUUAUUUUUUUAAAUUUAUAAAAGAAAAUUUUAAUUGAUGAAUACAAAAAAUUGAUAAUUUUACCCCAAAAACAAAAAAAAAACAAAAACAAAUUUUUUAAAGCGAAUAUUUUUGUAUUUAAUUGUCAACUGUACUGUUUAUCUGAUCUUUUUUUUGAAUAUUAUACAAAAUUUAAAACAAAUUAAUAUUUUAAGUAAAAACAAAAAAGUAAAAAAAUUAAAAACUGUUUUAUGUAAAAAUGUUUUCCUUUUUUUUUUUUAUUGAUGAAAAAGUUUGUAUAUUUAUUAGUUUAAAAUAUAUUGAUAUUUAUGUAAAAAAACAAAAAAAAAUAAUUUUUCUUUUGCUUUUUUUGUUAAUAUUUCGUAUCAUAAUUAUUAUAGUAAAGUUUGGUUUUUCUUAGGUUCAUUUUAUUAAAAAUUAUGUUUAUAAAAAUUUCAAUAAUAUUGAUAAAAACUGUUUUUGUUCUUAUGAUAAAAACUUUUAAAACUUACAAGAAAUAAAAUGAUUAUACAAUAAUUUAUUUAUUUUAUUAAAAUAUCCUUCUGUUACUAUUUUGUUAUUUUGGAUGUGGUAAAACUGCUGGUAUUUUAAUUAUACUAAUUCAAGAUAUUUUGUAAUAACAAUAUAUUAAUUGUAAUUUAAAUGACUUUAAUUUAUACUUGAAAUAACUUGAAUUUUUAAUUGAAAAAAUAAUUUUUUUUUUUUUAUAAAAAAUUGCUUUACACAUAUUGUUCAAUAUUUUACAAUUUUAUUCGAUUGGAAUUUUAAAAUUUAAUUUUCUUAAUUUUUGUUUUUAUAUUUUUGAUAUUUUACUAUGUGUGCUAUAAUUUUAAUGUUAAAUUUUUUUAAACAAAUUUUCAAAAGUUCAAAAAACUAAAGAAAAAUUCUUUUAAAACAAAUAUUCUUUUUUAUUGGUAUCUAUUUUAAAAUUUAUUUGAAAAAAAAAAUUGUAUUUAAUUUUUACUGCCAAACAAAAAUAUACAUUAUUUAUAUUAUUAUACAAAAUAUAAAAUUAAAUAAAAAUGGAAAAAAAAAAUUAUAUACAAAAAAAACGUUUUCUUUAUGUACUCUUAAUGUAGAAUUAAACAUAAAUUUUCUUAAAAGAAUUUUGAAGAAUAAGGAAACAUAUAAUUUUUAUAAUUUUUUUUAUAUAAAAUUGCAUAUGUUAGAAAAUUAUAAAAAAAUGUAUAAUUAAAUUUAUAUUUAUAUUAAUAAAAAUUUAUCUCCUUUGUUUAUUUCCUUUAUUUUUCGAUUAUAAAUCCUAAUAUUUGAGUUCUUCAUUUUGAAUUGAAUUAAUCUAAAUCUAUAACAUUACUGCAUGAGAUGCAAAAAAAAAAAAAUUGCAUUGUUAUAUUUAUUUACGAGAUUAAAUUCAAAAAAUUGUAAAUCAGAAAUUGUUUUAAAAUUUAAACAAAUAAGAUCAUAAUCCAAAAAUGUAUGAAUUUUCAGGUAGACUAUACCUAUAAUUAGGAUCAGUUUAAAUAAUUAAUUUUCUUCAAAUGACGAUUCUAAUUGAGAUUUUUUAAUUGUAAAAACUUCAAAUAUUUUGGUGAAAGACUUUUACUUUCCCUUAAUCUAAGAGUAUGCUUUUCAUUAAAUUUAAUAAACUCAAUUUAGUAGUUUAUACAUAUUUAAAAUAUAAUAUUAUAUCGAAUUUUACUUAAAAAAGAAAAUUUAUAAUAAUUUUACAUUAAAGUAUAAAAACUAUGGCAAAUAUUUAAUUAAAAAUAUUAAAAAAUUGUAUAUGCUUUUUAUAUAUUUAUAUAUUGAUAUAGAAUAUAAAUAAUAAAAAAAAAAAAUUAAAGUAAUUGUAUAAUUUAUAAAGAAAAAAGUAAAAAUAUGUACACAAAAAUUGUAAGUAAUUAUUUUUUUAUCAUAAAAUUUAAAUUCUUAUAAAUAAAAUAUUAUUAUAAACAAAGAUUUAAAAGCAAAAAUUAAAUUAGUAUAUUAUAUACAUAAAUGUAUUUAAAAUAAUAUUCUUUCUUUUGAUUUUAGGAUUUCAGUAAUAUUUUUAAUUUUUAUAAAGUGUUAUUAUCCCAUUAUGAUAACAUUGCCCGAAAAUAAGAAAUUUCUAAAAAUUGAAAUAUUCGUUUUGAUUAAAAUAUUUAAUACAUAUAGAUAAAUAAUAUUUAAAAACUAUUAAUUAUUAAUUUUUAUAUAAUAAUUUUGUUUUAAUUUUAUUUGAAUUUAAAAUUAAAAACUAAAAACCAUUUAUUAAAUUAAAAUUAAUUUGUGUAACUUUUUAUUUAAUUGUUAUUAAUAUUCAUUUUUAUAUUGGAAUUGAGUUAUUUAAAUUUUAAUUAAUUUAAGUUUUAUUCAAUUCAAUAUUAAAUCCAAUUUCGAAUUUAUAAACACCAUUUUUUGUAAUUUAAAUACAAAUUUUUCAAUAAUCUAUAUAAAAUUAAAUUUUUAUAAUAAAUUAAAUAGUUUUUAAAUGUUAUUUAUCUCAUAUAGGGCUUUUUUCUUAUUUUCAAUUCAUUUAAAUUCAUUUUUUUUAAAGAUAUAAAUAUUUCUAUAGCAUAAAACCCAACGUUAAAUACACAUAAUAAAACGAAAAAUAAAUUUUACAAUAAAAUUAAUUUUAUUAAAAAAAUAUAAAAUAAAAAAGAAGAUUGUAGAUUUUAAUAUAUAAGAAACAUAAUAAAUAAUAAUAAUAAUAGAAAAUAUUAAAAUAAUGGUAGAAAAUAUUAAAACAUUACACCUAGUCUUGUCUCCUAUAAUAUUAUAUUAUUUUAUAAUUAUAAUAUAAAAAAAAAAAGAAAAAUACAAAAAAAAAAUAUGUAAUAUUUUUAAAAUUUAUGUAUCUUGUAGUGUGUUUUUAUUAUUAAUAAUUAUUAAAUACUUAAAUAAGAAACAUUUUGUUUUUUUUUUCUGCAAUAAAAUUUUUUCAAUGUAAUAAUGUAUAAAAAGAAAUAUAAUAAAUUGUACGGCGAAUAUAUUAAAAAAAAAACAAAAAGGAAUGAAAAGGAAUCUAGAGAAAAUAAUAGAAAGACCAGAAUACAAUGUGAAAUGAAGGAAAGCAGAAAUAAUGUAAUUUAUUUAAAGAUACAUAAAUAUUUUAGAAGUUUAAAAAGAAAAUCUUUUAAUAAAAUUAAAAAUACAAAAAAAAAAAAA